AAUCUGUGCACCCCUUGGUGUGAAUUGCAUCAGAGUUCGCUGUUAGCUUUCUUUCUCAGACGCUUCUUUAUUUCGUGCGCCAACUGUUCGUCUUUCCCUCUCUCUCGCUCUCAGUCUCUCACUUACUCUUCUUUGGUGAAGCACAAGGUACCCUACCAUCUCAUCGUUCCCAAUCUCUGUCUCUAGCAAAGCUAUAGCAUUUCAUAAAGGAAUGGCCUUGCAGACAUCAAUUCCUCCACCGACUCCCAGUGCCCAACUUGUUGGAAAUGCUUUCAUUGAGCAGUAUUACCAUAUUCUUCACAAUAAUCCGGGCCUGGUCCAUAGAUUUUAUCAGGAUUCAAGUGUUCUAAGCCGGCCUGAUUCCAAUGGUGUGAUGACAUCAGUGACCACUAUGGAAGGAAUCAAUGAGAAGAUCCUUUCCUUAAAUUACAACGAAUAUAAGGCUGAAAUAAAGACCGCUGAUGCUCAGAAGUCUUAUAAGGAAGGGGUGACUGUGUUAGUUACUGGAUGUUUAACGAGCAAGGAUAACUUGAAAAGGAAAUUCGCCCAAUCAUUUUUUCUUGCCCCUCAAGACAAUGGGUUCUUUGUAUUGAACGAUGUCUUUAGGUUCGUAGAAGAUGGAGAACUGUUUGAAAACCAUUCAGUUAAUGGAGUUAAUGAUGCCACAACAGUCCUUUCAAACCAAGAUCCUGAGCCAAAUCAUGUUCCUGAUCCUCCUGCACCCGAUCUGGAAACUACUCAAGUUGAAGAGAAUCAAAUUGGUAUUGAGAAAGCUUAUGACACAUCAGACCAUGAGAGACAAUCAGCUAAUGAGAAGGAGUCUGAUGCUGAACCCCCAUCUUAUUCAAAUGGGAACGAUGUCCCUGUGGCAGUCGAGCCCACGUCUACUACAGCCCAAGAGGAUGCUCCAAAAAAGUCAUAUGCAUCAAUUGUAAAAGUUCCCAAAGGGAGUCCAGGACCAAAUAAGGUUUAUGUGCCUACUAAUACUGUAAGAGUGGCUCCUAAGAAAGCAGAGAAUAAUUUACCUGCAUCGGCUCCACCUGCUUCUGUGCCUGAAGCAUCAGCGCCAACUAGCACUAGUACCCAAGAGAGUAAUGAUACUAAUGAGGAAGUUGAGGGUUAUUCUGUUUACAUAAGGAAUUUGCCCUUAAAUGUGACGGCUGAUCAGCUUGAGGAAGAAUUCAAGAAAUUUGGACCAAUAAAGCAAGGAGGUAUCCAAGUUCGAAAUAAGAAGCUGCAGGGAUACUGUUUUGGAUUUGUUGAGUUUCUGUCUGCAAGUUCCAUGAAUAGUGCCAUUCAGGCUUCACCCAUCAGUUUUGGUGGCCGUCAAGCUGUCAUCGAGAUAAAGAGAACGACCACUCGAGUUGGUAGCAGUGGAAGAGGUAGGUUUCCUCCUCCUGGAAGGGGAGGGUUUCGGAGUGACAGCUUUAGAGGCCGUGGUAAUUAUGUUGGUGGCCGGAGCUUUGGAAGAAACGAGUAUGGGAACAGGGGUGAAUUCUCAAGCCGAGGCAGGGGUCCAGCUGGGCGUGGUGGAGAUGGUUAUCAGCACGGGAGAGGGAGAGGUGGCCGUCCAAGUGGAGUACCAAAACAGAAUGCUGUUUCUGCGUAGAGCUAAUAGAAUGCGUAGUGAGAUUUCUUUUUUGUGGGAAUAUUUUAACAAAAUUGAUUUCAUGAUUGGUGCACUUGGAAGUGUUGGUAAGUACUUUAAUCAUAACUUAUGAGAGAGAGAGAGGGGGAGAGGGAGAGGGAGAGAGAGAGUUGAAUUGGAUUAACUUUGAGAUGAAGAGGCGUUUGCUGUAGGUUAGGAUUUAUUUUACCAUUACAGAAUUUUGUCUCAAUUGGGUAUCAUGUAAUUGUUCAGAAACUUCAGGCCAUCCUCAUGUUUUAACAGAAACUUCUGAGA